AUGAGUGGCUUCGCUGGGCGGCGGCGGCGCUCCUCCCGCGAAGGAGAGCGCCUGCAGGAUCCUGAAGAUCGAGAAGGGCGACUUCGAGUGGGCGCGGCAGAUGAACGGCUGCAGGCGCUGCUGGAAGAGCGAGAGGGCAGAGCAGCAUCGGUGCCGGCGAGGACGGCAGCGGUUCGAAGGCUGGCUGCAGCUCCAGAGCAGGCCGGGCAAGCGGCAACUACAUCCUCGGCGAGAAGGCAGUCUUUAGAUGUGUUGCAACGAGCUUUUGGUGGAAAUCCUCAAGGAGGACCUUUGAGCUAUGGCCCCACGAUUGAAUUGGGACCACAACCGAGGGUUCUGGAACCUUAUCCCAUGGCUACUCCUCCCCCAAUGAGUGGGGUGAAUGUCAACCCUUUUUGGAGCACACAAGCACGAGCUCAUCCUGGUGAAAGUGGGGUGGUGCCUGAGGGGAUGCCGCAAGGGGAAGUCAGAAGGUCGCCAAACUAUGUUGAUGUGGAGGCCAUCAGGGAGAAGGUGCUCAGGGAAGCCGAGAAUCUCUUUGCAAAGGAGAUCAAGAAGGCCACUGGUGGAGCAGAGUCAUCAUCCUUCGAGUCGGUUCCAAGUGCUGACCGAGAGCCUGGGCGGUCAACGGUCGGGGUGAUGGGACCGGGUGGAGGAGGCAAUGGGGGCGAAUCGACUCGUGGCGAUGGUCGAGGGUCUCAACCACAUGGUCUUGAGCGUCCACCAGGGUUGCUGAAGGAGGGUGUGUGUGAGGGUCCGUUGAACAGGUCUGAACUGCCUCAGGGGACCGUGAAUGAAGUGUUUAGAAGCUUGGAGUUACCACCUCUACCAUCUCCUGGCAGCGAUGGUGCUUCGCUGGCUUUCGGCGAUUGGCUGACGGUGGCGAUGCCUCUUAUGUCGGACCUGUCAUCCUCUGCGAGGGGUUGGUGGCAAGCAAACAUCAUGGAGGCGGAGGCGCUGUAUGAGACUUGGCUGAAGUUGAAGCCGCUGGAGAGGCUAAGGCUUAAGGUUGAUCGGCCUUUGCACCCCAGUUAUGAACGAGUUGAGCACCGGGGAGUGACUAUCCUAUUGGGGGUUCUUCCCGAUCAAGUUCGAAGGGAUGUCAUCGCCUCUAGAAAGGUGAGCUGCCUCGGAAUUCUGUUUCGGCUGUAUACCAUUUUUCAACCAGGGGGUUCAGCUGAGAGAACUGCGCUCCUCAAGAGCAUCACCGAGCUGAAGGUGGGCAAUGGGGUGGCAGACGUUUUGUCUGGAAUUCGCCAAUGGAGGCGAUGGAUCCAGCGUGUGCAGGAGUUGGGCCUGACUACACCGGACCCUCUGGUGCUGGUGCAAGUGCUGAACAGGGUCACAGAAGCCCUGGGUCGACAUGGUGGUGCUCAGGCGGAGGCUGAGGAUCUGGCGCUGAUGACUGGCUCUUCAAAGACGCCUGCAGCAGGUGCGAAUGUGAACAUGUCCACAGCUGGAGGGACAGCUCCAAAGGAGGAGGUGAGGGGUGUGCCAUCUUUGGAUCAAGAGGACCUCGAGGAGGAAAACCUAGAACGUGAUGGUCGUCAAGAUCCACCAGAGUUAGAAGAUCAGCAGUUGGUUGAGGAGGGUGAGGAGCAGGUGAUUGGUCGUGAAGAGAUCGAUGAGCUUCGGAGGCCCCAUCAGCUGCAGAACAUUACAAUGGUGGAGGUGAUGGAAGACAGAGGACAGGGGGGGGGGACAGAUCGAGAUCCAGGAGCUUGCCUGCAGGUCGAAAGCAAUGGAAGCUGUGGAGGGUCGGCAGAAGGUAUGGUGAAGUGCCUCGAGUGCGAUCUUUGGCAACUGGGGGAACAUCGAGGAGCUGGAUGUCGAUUUUGUGAAGGAGAUCUGCCGAAGGAGCAGGAUGGGCUGCAGGUUCCGGGGGAGGAAGCUUUGGAUUUGCAAGCCUGUUCAUGGACUCAGGCAGUACAGUGGCAUGAGGAAGAAGUUCGUAGCCACUGGCAGUUGAAAAGAAUGUGGCUGGAUCAGUUGAAUCAGGUGGCGGUGGGUGCACAGCAGGGCAGUGAACAUGGAGGAUGGCUUCAAGUUCUGGAAGAACAGUUGAUGGUCCGGGAGGAGUGUCUUCAACGCCAACAUGGAGCCCUGGAGAGUUGGAGGAUGGCGGCACUGCAGGCGGCGGGGGGUUCAGGAGAAGGAGAAGAGCAGAAGCCUUCGCUGGUCCUUCAGACCUACACGGUGUCGCUGGCCCAAGUGCGAAGGGAGUUGCACAAGUGGGUCGAACCCUUCAAGGAUGAGUAUGUCUCUCUGUCCACUACUACUGGAGCGAUCUUUCCAACCACAGAGGAGGCUUUGAAGAAGGAUCCGAGAUAUCCCUGGCGGGAAGAAGCGCCAGCGAUGCUGGUCCCUACGGUCAAGAGUCCUCAUGGACGGCACAGGGCAAGGGUGGUCAUUUGUGGCAACCAUCUCACAAAGUCCCAGGUGGAGACGAAGGCUGUCAGUCCAUUGGAAGCAUCAUCGAUCUCUUCACCCUUUGAACUAUAUGCAGGAGGGGCGGAUGCGACAGUUUUGCGAGCUUUACUCAGGAAGAGUGCUCUGGAGAAAUGGUCCGUAGCGAGUCUGGACGUGAAGACAGCGUUCUUGCUAGCUCCAAGAAGAGAUGCACAGCAGAGGCUGCUCAUUACGCGUCCUCCUCGGGCGCUGGUGGAAGCAAAGGUGUGCGAUGCUGACGAAAUCUGGGAGGUCAGAAACUCGCUCUACGGUCUCCAGGAGGCGCCUCUCAACUGGGCGAGAUUCAGGGACGAAGAGAUGGCCAAGUUCCGCUGGACUGAUGAAGGUGAAAACUGGAAGCUGGCUCGCACUCAAGAGCCCAACUUGUGGAAGGUGAUCCUCGAUGAUCCAUCCAAGUCAAGGUUGCCCGACAAGGUGUACGGAUUUGUCGCUGUGUACGUCGAUGAUAUCCUGGUGACUGGUGAUGAAAGAGUGACUCGAUCGACCAUCGCUCGGUUCCAGCAACAGUGGAAAUGCUCGACACCGGAGUGGCUGACGCCUGAAAGCAGCUUGAGGUUUUGUGGCUUUGAGAUUGCCCAGGAGAAGAGGGGACUUCGUUUGCAUCAGGAGUCAUACCUACGAGAUCUUUUGGCCAGAUAUCCUGAUGUCAAGUCAGCUCAAAGCCCGCUGCCAGGUGUCUUGGAUGAGACUGAGGAGACGAAUCCUGAGGUUGCAGAGGUGAAGGAAGCGGAGGACUGUGUGCAGGUCAAGAGACUGAUCGGGCCCUCCCAGAAGGAAGAGCAGGAAAUCUCGACCGACGUGAUGUCAGGUCGAAAGGCCUUACAAGGUUCAGAGACGAUAGAAGGCGAGGAAGUCACCUACGGUGGAAGGGGCAUCAGUGCUUGUGACAUUGAGUCCAUCGAGGGUGGCACGAAGACGGGCUAUGAGCUAAGGCUCCAAGGACGUGAGCAUCGGGGGGGAGAGCGGAAACAAUUCCGGCCAGGAAUUGAGACCGCAGUACUACAACAUCCUCACCGUGAUGGUGAACGACAAGAUGAGGACUGUGAGUCGGACGGAAGCUUUGAGUUUUUGCGCAGCACUGGAUGA